AUGAUCGAUGCGGCCAUCAUUGCCGGGGUUAAGCGUUUUCUUCCGUCCGAGUUUGGCUCGGAUCUGCAGAGCGAGAAGGCGUUGGAGCUGAUUCGGCAGUUUUUCCAGGGCAAGGUUGACACGGCGGAGUAUCUUAAGGGUAAGGAGUCGGAAGGACUGUCGUGCACGCGUUUGUCACAGGGUCUUUUUUCGAGCUGUAAUGCGAUCAAAAUCGGCUACAUGGGCUUCGACUUGAAGACCGAUAAAGCAAUGCUGAUCGAUGAAGGCGAAGGUAGAUGGUCAACGACGACACUUCCCACCAUCGAACUGGCACUGAAGAAUGCCAUCCUCGAUAUCGACGGCACCACGAACCAUAUCGUCUAUGUUGCGCCCUUCACAGUCUCACAGAAUGACAUGCUGGCAGCGCUCGAGAGGGUGACGAAUUCCACCUGGGCCGUGACCAGGAUCGACGGUGAGCGACAGAAGGAUUUAGGUAAGCAAAAGUUCGCGAAGGGUGACUUUGGUGGUGCACCGUUGAUUGUGAGCUACAUCAAUUGCGUCGAGGGCCAUGGUGGAAACUUUGCGACGUACAGAGAGACUUGGAAUGAUCGCCUGGGUCUACCGAAAGAAUCCCUGGAUGCGGCCUUGAAGAUUGUGCUGGCGGAUGCGAAUUAG